GGAGGAGGAGAGAGAGAGAGAGAGAGAGAGGAAGAGGAAGGAAACUCCUGUUGAUCUCUUGUCUAUUCUCUCAUUUGGACUCUUUAAGGACUGGUAGAGAGUUCUCGUUCACGAUGGCUUCGCACGACUCUCUGGUGGUUUUGUAUGGGGCAACAGCUGGUGCAAAUGGGGCUAAACUGGGUUCGGAUGAGAGGGAAAUAGUUCUCUUGGUGUGGCAAGUUGUGGAUCUGCACAACAAGAAGGUGGGAGAAGCCCAUAAAGUCCUGGUCAAACCCGACCACCUGGAGUUCAGUGAACUGUGCAAAGAGGAGACUGGCGUCGGCCCCGAACAGGUCUGCAACGAGAAAUCGCUCGAACAAGUUCUGCUACAGAUUAACGAAGUUUUAUCAAGAGAGUUGAAAGCACUGGGGAAAAACUCGUAUUGCCUCUGCACUGAUGGCCAGUUACUCAUUCGCCAGGUUCUGCAUCCAGAAGCAUCCAAAAAGAACCUGGUGCUCCCAGAGUGUUUCUAUUCAUUUUAUGACCUGCGGAAGGAGUUUCACAAAUGCUGCCCAGAUAUUUCCUCCGUGAAAGAGCUCUCCAUCAGUUCCAUGGCUGAAUAUUUAGACCUAAGCACAGAGAAAACAAUAGAUGACUUUGGCAUAUUUGAAGUGACGACCAUGGGUGCAAUAAUUUUAAACCUAUUAGCUGAACCUUACCAUCACGAAUUCAAAACUGUUGAAUCAGUGAACUAUAAGUUUGAAACUGGUCCCUGCAGCAAAGCCGAAGCUGUCGAUGGUGAAACUGUAAUAAGAGCGAGAGGAUUACCCUGGCAAUCUUCUGAUCAAGACAUUGCAAGAUUUUUCAAAGGGCUGAACAUAGCAAAAGGUGGUGUAGCUCUAUGCCUCAACUCGCAAGGCAGAAGAAAUGGAGAAGCUCUGGUCAGAUUUAUCAACGCUGAGCAACGAGACCUUGCCCUGGAAAGACACAAACAUCACAUGGGGAGCAGAUACAUCGAGGUAUAUAAAGCUACUGGAGAAGAAUUCCUGAAAAUUGCAGGAGGUACUUCAAACGAAGUGGCUCAGUUCUUGUCAAAGGAGAACCAGGUGAUAAUCCGAAUGCGGGGGCUGCCCUUCACAGCCACGGUAGACGAUGUCCUGGGAUUCUUUGGCAACGAGUGCCCUGUUACAGGCUGCAAGGAGGGGCUCCUCUUCGUUAAGUACCCUGAUGGGAGACCCACUGGGGAUGCAUUUGUUUUGUUUGCAUGUGAGGAGUAUGCACUGAAUGCACUUAAAAAGCACAAGGAAAUCCUGGGGAAACGCUACAUUGAACUGUUCAGGAGCACUGCUGCAGAGGUACAGCAGGUGCUAAAUAGAUAUAUGUCAACACCGCUGAUUUCUACACUCCCAACAUCCCUCAUCCCAGUGAUGCCUCAACCGUUCAUUGCCAGCGGAAGCUUAAGGGACUGCAUCCGUCUGCGAGGCCUGCCCUACACAGCAACCAUUGAGGAUAUUCUAGAAUUCAUGGGGGAGUUUACAGUCGACAUCAAACCGCAUGGUGUUCAUAUGGUACUAAACCAACAGGGCCGGCCCUCUGGUGACGCUUUUAUUCAGAUGAAGUCUGCAGACCGCGCUUUCUUAGUCGCACAGAAAUGUCACAAGAAAACGAUGAAGGACAGAUAUGUGGAGGUGUUCCAAUGCUCUGGAGACGAAAUGAACUAUGUUUUAAUGGGUGGCACUUUAAAUCGUAGUGGCUUGUCUCCGCCACCAUGUAAGUUACCAUGUCUUUCUCCACCAGCUUAUCCCACGUUCUCGCCUGGCACUGCUAUGAUUCCAGCAGAAGCAGCUCUUUAUCAGCCCCAAGCUCUGCUAACUCCACGUACAGCACAGCCUGCACCCCCUGCACUUGCCUACUACCCUGCUCAGGCUACAGCCACUCAGCUGUAUAUGAACUAUACGACCUACUAUCCAAGCCCCCCAGUAUCUCCAACCACUGUUGGAUACUUUACAGCACCUCAGGCAGCUAUGGCGGCUGCUGCUGCAUCCACGUCCCACCCUGCGGUGUUACCCCAGCCCGGAGCCCUGAUCCGCAUGCAGGGCCUGCCUUUCAACAUCGCCACCAAAGACAUCCUCAACUUCUUCCAGGGAUAUCAGUAUGCACCAGACGACUACAGCGGCCUGAUUCAGAUGAACGAACAAGCAAGGAGUUUGUAUCAGGCACCCAAAGAGUGGGUCUGUUUGUAGAUGGCCACCUUUGCAAAUUUCAGUAAGCUCCAUGCAGAUUCAGUCUUAAUUCUGUACAACUUUACCGGCCAGCCCAGCGGAGAAGCUUUGGUGACGUUCCCAGCACUCGAUGUGGCCUUGCAGGCAGUCUCGGUGAAGAAUGGACAGCUGAUCGGCCAUCGAUAUAUAAGCCUCAGUUUGGUGUAAGACCCCCACCUCCCCAAUCCCACAGACUGGGCUUCCAUGAGCCUUGCACUUGCCCCUUCCUCCUCCUCCCCUCUACUUAAAAAAGAGCAUGGAAAUUCUUUUUGAAGGAGUGGCCUUGUACAGAGAAUAAAAUAAACAUGUGUAGGACACUCCCUUCCUGCUAAAGGGUUGUGCACUAAUGCAAAAAGCCAUAAUAGACGUGCACCGCGUCUACCUUUUUUUUUAAAAACUGCCGACUUGCAUUUGAUUUUUGACUUUAUACUGACGUGGAAGUGACGUGUGUAUUGUGAGAAUGCUAAAAGUGUAGUUAAGUUAUAUUUUUAUUUAAACCUAGUAGCUUUCAGAGCCAUAUUGUAGACUUAACAUUCUUAAAAGUGCAUGCAAAGUGUUUACACAUUGUUAAACCACUUCAUUUGUAUAUUAUGAUACAAGACUGCUGCUUAUAGGAGAUGCCUUUAAUGCAUGCAAUAGGAACUUUUUUGUAUUUGCCUAUAAGCUAAAGGAAUACAUUUUUUACACUAUUAGAUGGUUGAACGACCAAACUGUCUGCUGUUAGAGCACUAAUACUUAUUUUCAUGAUUUUUUCUCGUGCCUUAAUGCAAAGUGCAAUAUCAGCAGAACAAAGUUUUUUGAAAAGGCCUCGUAUCCGAGGCUGAUUGAAUUGUAUGUACUUUAGUUAAUAGAACAAGUUUGAAACUUGUAAUACUUAACAGAAUAUUAAAUUGUAUGCUUUGUAUAGCCAAACAAUAAACGUGUAAAGAAGCAAAAUAGUUUUAA